CUCAGCAGUGUUUUGCUUCUCGCCUUGAUAAAAUUAUUGGACUUUGACUAUGGCUAGAAUUCUUUUGCGAAGCUUGUUGGCGAUAUACCUCCUUUUUAAUCACCAAGUACGCUCGGCAGACUACGGUGUUGGCUUUGACCUGGCACUUGACUAUGGUGUCGCUAGUGUCUAUUUCUCAAAUGGCACGGCCGUCAACAUUGCAAAGAUCCCAGGCGGUCCAGCGUACAAGCAAAUGAUGAGAGCGACAGAGGUUUUAGAUGGCCGCGCGACGGCUUAUCACACAUGGUUCGGUGACAUCUUGGAGGUCGGCACUGGAGCAGCGCAGGCAUUCUUAGGUCUGCGAUCAGUGGGUGACCUUCUAUCCCUACGGCUUGGUAGCAGGGACACCCAUUCUCAGUCCUUGUCACCUAUGUUGAAAGCAUUGAAGACAGCAACGGAGUCAUACCUAGAAGCCUCGAUAUCGGCUGCAGAAGUCGUCGUCCCGUUUCCCGUCUCUGACGCUUAUCUCGAUAUCCUCCGUUCCACCUGCUUCUCCCUCUCAUUACAUAUGCCCAUGUCUGCACAACCACCUGCGGGGAUCCUCGCAGCGCGUGCCCACGGCAUGGUUGGAAAGUGCAACAUCGUGACUCGUGACAAAGGGUCGGAGCAAGGCCAAGCGGACGACCCAAUGCAACUCAUUCUCACCGUCGACUACACCCAGGCAGCCCUCACGGCCCUCCUGGUUGUAGAAGAAUGUGGCGUCUUUGAGUACCGGCGCGUACUGCACGACACAAGCCUUGGUGUUGACGGCCUUUCUGGAGGAUCCGACACCAAUCGCGGCGAUCUUGUGCGUGCGCUACAGAGCUUUACUCGUCUACCGCUCGAAGACGAUAAUGGCGAUGAGUUAGGGCGGAUUAGUAACUUGGUCCUUCUAGGCGAAUCGGCGGGCGACCAGCGGCUCCAUGACGUGCUGAAGGACGUUCUGGGCGAGCGGUUUCACCGUCUAGCCACGACUGUUAGUGGCGAGCACACGAAGAAUAUUGAUCCCCUCUAUGCCGCUUCAAGGGGCGUUGCGGAGGACUGUUGGGACCGACUGGAGUACCAGUCAAAGCGAGCACAAGUAGUGUCCGACUGUUACAACCUUAGGCUUAGUGAUGCGAAGGCAACACAGUAG